AUGCCGUAUUCCCCAGAGCCACAAGUCUUUCCGUACCAAGCAGAAGCUUGCCAGAGCCCAGAAACAGAACCGUCCUAUUCCUCAAUGGAUUCGCUUGAGAACCGGCAACACCAUCAGGUAAUGCAACCCAUUCCCGUUAAGGAAAUCAAGGAAACGGAGCGAAAUGGAUUCAAAAAGAAAUGGACGGGUUGGAAAAAGCGAUGCUCAUUUGGGUACAAACAACAAUCUCGAUCAGCGCAAACAACUACAAUCCAAUUCUCAAAUACCAUCGAGACACGUCGCAUAUGUUUUCCGGAACCAGAGGUUCAGCCGCAACAAUCAACAUUUAACUGA